GGCUGUGGGGGGAAGAUGCGUUAGUCUGUCGGUCUCUCAUGAAAUGAACUACUGUGUCAACAUCGACCAACUCUCAAUCACACGACAAACAUGCCAGCACCGUCCUCAGCGCCCGCCUGGCGUAUAGUCUUCUGCCAGUGGAGCCGCCCACCACGCACACACGUACUCCCACACAGAGACAACCGAGAACGGACCCACCCCAUGCACAUACGACUUGUCUGCCCAUGCAGCCUGAUGGUGGCCGCACCUUCUCAACCAGGCGGCUGAAAGAACCACUGGCCUCUCUGCCCCACACACCGUCCACCGUGGCACACAAAGGGGUGAAGUGGAUGGACUUGUCCUCGCACACACGGCUGUGGUCAGAUGGUGAGGUAGGAAGACGCGUCAGCAUUUGUCACGCAGAGGUCAAACGACAUGUCCUUCUGCCGCUCCGUCCGCACCCCCUUCUCCUCCUCGAGCUCAGCGAUCACCGCCUCCUUGACCGCCUCCUUUCCGACCGCCGACUCGCCGUCGUCGGUCAGUCGGUCCAGUUCCCUCCCUACUCGGAGGUCGCCUCCUGUGCUAUGCCAUCGACUUGCGCAGCGACGUCCUGAUGCCUGACCAAUCGCGCACACAAACACACCGGCAGACGCACGCCCUCACCAGACGAGAUGAGCACGGAAGCUGCAGCUGCAGCUGAUCUUCUUCAUCCUUGCGCACCUGGGAGGGAGAUCACCGUGCUUGCGCGCAACGUCCUCGAACACACGGAGGAAGGCGUCCUUGUCGUUCACCGUGAAGUCGUCGGUGACGUACUUCUCGAGGGCACGAUACUCCUUCCGCGUGAACUUGUGCAGGUCGUAGUGAGCCAGAAUUUCCUUCUUGUCAUCGUCGGCGUCCUCCUGCUGGUCACCGAGGACAGCGGCCACGAUGUGGAAUCGCUUCUCGCUACAGCACCAGUGCCGAGUCGGGCAGAGGCCGACGUGGGUUAGCGCAAUCCUCAAAUACUCAAUCGGUGGCAUGGAGCCGACGUCCAUUUCUACACCUUUCAGGGAGGAUGUCGUUUAACC